CGCCCGCCUUUUCAUCUUUCUUUCCUUCCUUGCCCUGCCUUGCCGCACUCGCCUCACUCGCCUCAUUCGCCAGGCAUGGCCUCCUCUUCUUCGUCGUCGAGCUCUCACGCCUCGCAAUCGUACGCCUCUCGCAUCCCACACUUCACAAACCCAGCAGCGCGCCACCUCCUCGAAUGCAUCGAGCGAAAGAAGUCCAACCUCGCCGUCAGCGUCGAUGUCACUACGAAAGCUGAGCUACUUGCGGUAGUUGAGGCCGUUGCCGAGGAUGUAUGCAUGGUCAAGACGCACAUCGACAUCGUUGAGGACUUUGACCUGGAUCUCGUUGAGAGACUCAGCGCUUUGAGCAAAGAAAAGGACUUUGUGAUUUUUGAGGACAGGAAGUUUGCGGAUAUCGGCAAUACCGUCUCGCUGCAGUACUCCUCGGGCGUACAUCGCAUCGCCUCCUGGUCUCACAUCACCAACGCUCACCUCGUCCCAGGGCCAGGUAUCAUUGACGGUCUCGCCUCAGUGGGCGUACUGUUGGGGAGGGGCCUCCUCCUCCUCGCCGAGAUGAGCUCCAAAGGCAACCUAGCCGGCGGAGAGUACGGUGCCGCCUGCGUGCGCGCUGCCCGGGAGGAUACGACUGGCUUCACGUGCGGAUUCAUCGCCAUGGACCGCAUUCACGAGCGCAACCCGUCCAGCGCCAACGGCGAUCGCGACUUCCUCAUCCUCACCCCGGGCGUAGGGCUCGAUGUGACCGGCGACGGAAAGGGGCAGCAAUAUCGCACGCCGGACGAGGUGGUGCGCGUAAAAGGGUGCGACGUCAUCAUCGUUGGACGCGGCAUCUACGGCAGCUUGUUGACGGAGCAGGGGAAGAAGGAUCCGCAGCACGCUUUGCGCAGUGUCAAGGAACAGGCGGAGCGUUACAAGCAGGCAGGGUGGGAGGCGUAUCAGAAGAGAAUUGGGGCGGCCGCAGCACGAGUGAGGCCGAGCCCAAGAGGGAAGAGAGCCGCAAGUCCCAGUCUCGGCGCAGCGAGGUCCCCGGCCAAGAGACGGCUGUUCGUCCCCACUGCUACCGCGAGCGCUCAGCAGCGGGACCCUCCCCUCGCAGACACGUCGGGCGACGCAGCCCUAGCCGCGAGCCUAGAAGCGGGGCCGUCGAGCAACUCGCCCGGCUCGCGAAGCUACACCCUACGUACACGCUCCCAAGUCAAGAGGGAGGAGGGGCAACAAGCAAGCCCGAGCAGGACGCGCACGCGAUCGACGGCAGCGAGUGCGGCUACGUCCACGUCUACGACCACGCUCUCCACGCCCGCCUCUAAGCAAGGCCGCCGCAGCAUCAAGCUCGAAGACGACGAAGGCGCAGCCACGCCCUGCGCCAAGCCCACAUCGUCAUCAUCGCCCUUCUCAAUCUCCCCGCAAAAGACGAACCCCAAGUCAAUCAAGCUGGAGCUCGACGCCUCCGAGAUAAAGCCAGCCCCAAAACGAUGGCGCGCCCAACUCGACGUCCUCACAGCACAACGUCGUCGCAUCGUCGCUCCCGUAGACACAAUGGGAUGUGAAGCCCUCUCCUCCUCCGAAGCGGAUCCUGCGCGUGGAACGGACGAGGGGCAGGAAGACCGCGACAAGCGAGCUCGUUUUACGACGCUGGUCAGCCUGAUGCUGAGCAGCCAGACAAAGGAUGAGGUCACCGCCCAGGCUGUGCGCAAUUUGCAGAAAGACCUGCCAAACGGGCUAUGCCUGCGCGGGAUCCUCGAAGCGUCUGACGAGCAGAUCUCAACGGCGAUUGCGAAAGUGGGCUUCUGGCGACGAAAGACCGGGUACAUCCGAUCGGCUGCGUUGAUCUUGCAGGACAAGUUUGGAGGGGAUGUGCCGCGUACUGUAGAGGAGGUGCUCACCCUCCCCGGCGUGGGGCCGAAGAUGGCCUUCCUCACCUUGCAGGCCGCGUGGGGCCUCAAUGUCGGCAUCGGCGUGGAUGUCCACGUGCAUCGUCUCUCCAACCGCCUCGGGUGGUGCAAGACGAACGAUCCAGAGGGGACGAGACUGGUAUUGCAGAGCUGGCUGCCCAAGGAGCUACACCAAACGAUCAACAAGACGCUCGUGGGGUUCGGACAGGUGGUGUGCGUGCCCGUGGGGCCGAGGUGCGAUUUGUGCGAGCUGGGCAAGGAGAGGCUUUGUCCUUCUAGGAGAAAGGUGGGGGAUGUGAGCGCGAGGAAGGAGGUCGUGUUUCUGGAUGAGGAGCGGGGGGAGGUGAAGCGCGGGGAGGGCGGCGAGGGAGGCGAAGUCAAGGUCAAGGUUGAAGUGCAGGGACCGGACGGUACGGGAGUGCUUCUUCCCCAGCCCACGCAUGGGAUCAAGGAGGAGCAGGAGGCGGGCGAGGCGAGCGCAGCGAGUAUGGCUGGCCAAGCUGCCCCGCUCGAUUGGUGAUUCUCGUCGCUCAACCCUCGGUCUCUCGUCCUCAUGCAUACCCCGCCCAUUUAUUCGCGCAUGAGCGCUCUCGUCUGAACCUCGUAUUAAUCCCGAUCCUACCCUGGCGUAU